UCCCUGCUGUAGUCAGCAUGCAUCUCUACCUGCUCUUGCUAUUGGCGUUGUGCGGGGCAGGCUGCGUGGUGGCAGGUCCCAGUUACAGCCUAAGAGGGAGCUGGCGGGUGAGCAACGGGAAUGGCUCCCUGGAGCUACCGGCGACUGUCCCCGGCUAUGUGCACAGCGCCCUGCACCAACACGAGCUGAUCCAGCAUGUUACUGUGGAGACCUGGUGGCCUCGUGGACAUGGAAACCAGACUGGGUACAACAUGACGAUUCUCUUUGCUCUGGAUGGAGGCUUAAAAAUUGAAAAAGCAGCCAAGGUUUAUUUCAGAACAGUGCAACUUAUAGAAGAGGGUAUAAAAGGGUCUCCCGGUCUGAGUUUCUACUUCAAAAUUAAUGGACUUCCUAUAUUUCUGAAAGGCUCAAAUUGGAUCCCAGCCGACUCAUUCCAAGAUAAAGUCACUUCUGAACGGUUGCAACUCCUUUUGCAGUCCGUCGUGGACGCUAACAUGAACACUCUGCGCGUGUGGGGGGGUGGCAUCUACGAGCAGGAUGAGUUUUAUGCACUCUGUGACGACCUUGGAAUCAUGGUGUGGCAGGACUUUAUGUUUGCCAGUGCCCUUUAUCCAACUGAGCCGGGCUUCAUAGAGUCAGUGAGAAAAGAAGUCACUUACCAGGUCAGGAGAUUGAAAUCUCACCCCUCCAUCAUCAUAUGGAGUGGUAAUAACGAGAAUGAAGUGGCUCUCAGUGUGAACUGGUUCCAAGUAAAUCCCAAGGACUUGAAGACUUACAUGGACGACUACGUGACCCUCUAUGUGAAAAACAUCAGAGAGAUUGUCUUAUCAGAAGACAAGAGCCGUCCUUUCAUUCCAUCCAGCCCAACCAAUGGAGUCAAAACCAUGGCAGAAGGCUGGAUCUCUCAAGACCCUUAUAGCAACCAUUAUGGUGAUACACAUUUUUAUAACUAUUUGAGUGACUGCUGGGAUUGGAAGACCUUCCCCAAAGCUCGAUUAGUGUCUGAAUAUGGCUACCAGUCCUGGCCUUCCUUUAGCACAUUAGAAAAGGUCUCAACUCAAGAGGACUGGUCUUACAACAGCCGCUUCUCCCUUCAUCGGCAGCAUCAUCAAAAUGGCAACAUUGAAAUGCUCCACCAGGUUAAGCUGCAUUUCAAACUCCCCGAAAAGAAAGACCCGUUAAGCACUUUUAAAGAUACUAUCUACCUUACUCAGGUGAUGCAGGCCCAGUGUAUCAAAACAGAAACCGAGUUCUACAUGCGAAGCCGCAGCGAGAUAGUGAAAGGAGAAGGGCACACCAUGGGGGCACUGUACUGGCAGUUGAAUGAUAUCUGGCAGGCUCCUUCCUGGGCCUCUCUUGAGUACGGAGGAAAAUGGAAAAUGCUGCAUUACUUUGCUCGGCGUUUCUUCGCUCCACUGUUGCCAGUAGGUUUUGAAGAUGAAGGUGUUUUUUAUGUCUAUGGCGUGUCAGAUCUUCACAAAGACUACCACACAAAGCUCACCGUGAGGCUCCAUCACUGGAGCUCCCUGAAGCCUGUGUGCUCCCUGGUGAAUUCAAGUAUUGUGAUUAAGGCCGGGGAGGCUGUGGUUCUAUUCAAGAGUCCGGUGUCUAAGCUGCUGAAGAGAUGUAGGGGUUGUACGAGGGAAACCUGUGUGGUUUCCUUUUACCUUUCAACGGACAAAGCACUCUUCAGCCCAACCAACUACCAUUUCCUGUCCUCCCUGAAGGAUGCUAAAGGGCUGGUCAAGGCCAACAUCACUGUCAGCAUCUCUCAGAAGGGCGAUGUAUUUGUUUUUGAUCUGAAAACGUCAGCCAUCGCUCCCUUUGUUUGGUUGGACGUAGGAAGCAUUCCGGGGAGGUUUAGUGACAACGGCUUCCUCAUGAUUAAGAAAAAGCACUCGGUACUGUUUUACCCUUGGAAGCCCACCAGCAAGAGUGAGCUGCAGCAGGCCUUCAGUGUCACCUCCCUGACAGAUACCUACUGAAGGGAUGUGGGUGGUAUUUCAGUGGACACUGGGGACAAAGCCUUUCUCAAGCAUGGCUGGAGAGGAAGGGGACUUGGCCUGAGGUAAAGCGGAAGAAGUAUCUGCUGCCUGGGGUGCAUUUCCCACUCCUUCAGUAUGAACAGUGAAUACUGUUCAUCCAGGUGAUGUCCUUAGACAAGGUCAUGCCCAUGUAUUCUUGAAUCUUCCAGAAUUGUGGGUUUUUUGUUUUGUUUUGUUUUAUUUUUAGAACUUUGUUCCACAGCUAAAGCACAAUCAGAAGACUUAUACCACCCAAUGACCUUUUGGGGAAACCAGUAGAUUGUGACAUGAUUGUAUGUGUGGAACCAAAUGUGGAGGUUCUGAAGUAAUGUAGACCUUUCAUAGCACUAUGAAUUCUACCCACUGAAGGGGAAGUGUGUGGCUAUGAUUGCCAGAGGAAAUGGGAACUCAGAUCCUAUAAUAGAGAUUGCUUAAUGGCAGCCAUAUUGGUUGUUGGUAGACAGGGGAGGGGCCUGAAUGUUGUAUUUGAUUACAGUCUUCAGGUAGGAUUCCUUUUUUCAUAGUUUGGCAAUAACUCUUUUUUUUUUUUUUUUUUUUUUUUUUUU